AUGAAUAAACUUCAACAAUUUUUGGACGAAAAUGUAGAAGCUAUAAGAUUAAUGCCUACAACGCUUUUGGUAAUUGGAGUAUAUCUUCUCGGGAGACAUUUUUAUAUCUUUACCAAAUUUAAUUCCAUACAUUCUAUUCCAUCUGGUGUAUACAGCCGCCAGAUACAUCUAAAAGGUUUGGUUAAAUCUAUCAAUUCUACCGGCGAAUUGGAGGUUUUCCAUGUGCCUAAGGUUAAACUACCUUUCCAAGUUUCAUAUGGUAAUGCUAUAAAGAUUUGUAUUCCUGUGCAGCAUUCUGGACUAAGUAUACAAUGGUUACAGCAAAAUAUACACCCAGGUGAACGUGUGGUUUUCAUCCCUGUAAAACCAAUUUUUGAGGAUUCGGAACUAUUGGCCAUAAUUUACAAACGAUGUUGUGUUUUUAAAAAAGAUAUAUCUUACCACUUAUUAGUUAAUGGAAUAGCUAACCACAAAAGCUUCAAUGAUUUGCCAUAUAACUUUCGCAAUAAGUACUCCUCAGCUAUUGCGAAAGCAAUCCGAAUGAAACGAGGUAUUUGGCAAGAAGACUAUAAAGUUUGGAAAUUUUGUAAAUUUUUCCAGAAGAUAAAACGACUCGUGAACUUAUAA